AUGGCAGAAGAAAACAAGACGCUGAUGACUGAGUUUGUUCUCACACGACUUUCAGAUCUUCCAGGGCUGCAGGUCCCACUGUUUCUGGUGUUCUUGGGCAUCUACCUCACCACUAUGAUGGGCAACCUUGGACUGAUUUUUCUCAUCUGGAAGGACCCCCACCUUCACACCCCCAUGUACUUCUUCCUGGGCAGUUUAGCCUUUGCAGAUGCCUGUUCUUCAUCCUCCGUGACCCCCAAGAUGCUGAUGAAUUUUUUAUCUAAGGAUCACACAAUAUCCAUGGUUGAAUGCAUCGCUCAAUUUUAUUUUUUUGCUUCCAGUGCAACUACAGAAUGUUUCCUCCUGGUAGUGAUGGCCUAUGACCGCUAUGUGGCCAUAUGGAACCCCUUGCUUUAUCCAGUGGUGAUGUCCACCAGACUCUGCAUUCAGUUUAUAGGUGUCUCAUAUUUCAUUUGUUUUCUACAUUCAGCAAUUCAUGUGGGUUUGUUAUUUAGAUUAACUUUCUGCAGGUCUAACAUAAUACAUUAUUUUUACUGUGAAAUUUUACAACUGUUCAAAAUUUCUUGCACUGAUCCUACAGUUAAUAUACUUCUGGUUUUCAUCUUUUCAGCCUUUAUACAAGUCUUCACUUUUAUGACCAUCAUGGUCUCUUACACCCAUGUCCUCUUUGCCAUCCUGAAAAAGAAGUCUGAAAAUGGUAUGAGCAAAGCCUUCUCCACGUGCAGUGCCCACCUGCUCUCUGUUUCCUUGUUCUAUGGCACUCUCUUCUUCAUGUAUGUGCGUCCUGGGUCUGCUCCCUCUGAAGAUCAUGACAAAAUGUAUUCUUUAUUUUAUACAAUAAUAAUUCCUCUACUAAAUCCUUUUAUUUAUAGCCUGAGGAACAAAGAGGUUAUAGGUGCCUUGAGAAGAAUAAUGAAGAAAUAA